CUUCAGAGUCUUCAGAGAUCACGGCACAUUGCAACCCGCUGUUCUAACGCAUUGUGAUUAAGCAAACGAUACUAAUACACACACAGUCGGUCCGAGCUCCACUUCACUGGCAGUCCCUCUGCAUCACUUCACUCACAACAAUGUCGUUCGUCCUCUCAGCCGUCCUCGUCGGACAUGACUCAGACGUGAAAGCAGUCAUCGCACCGACCGCCAACAAGGUCGUCACGGCAUCCCGCGACACGUCCGUCAUCUCCUGGUCCCAAAGCGACUCGCACCCUUUCCAGCCCGAGUCGGUGUUCAAGGGACACUCGCACUUUGUAAAUGCUUUGGCUUUCAUUCCGCCUUCUGUAGAGCAUCCCGAAGGGCUGGUUGUAAGUGGGGGCUCGGAUAAGACGAUACAGGUGUUCGACCCACGCCAAUCCAGCAAGGCGAUAUUCUCAUUGGUGGGGCAUUCCAAUAACAUCUGCGCACUCACUGUUGCACCGAAUGGGGAUAUCAUUUCGGGGUCUUGGGAUUUCACGGCGAAGGUGUGGAGAAACUAUGAGUGCGUGACGACCGUGCAGCAUCAGCAGUCGGUGUGGGGCGUGUUGGGGUUGGCGGACGGAACGUACCUCACAGCGUCGGCGGACAAAUCCAUCAAGAGAUGGCAAGGAGAGAAGUGUUUGAAGACGUAUGCCGGACACACCGAUGCCGUGAGAGGCCUCGCAUUGCUGUCGGAGUCCAGUUUCGUGUCUUGUUCGAAUGACGCUACAUUGCGGAUAUGGUCGAUAGAUGGCGAAUGCAUCGGAGAGCUGAACGGUCACGACUCCUUUGUGUACACUGUCGCGGUACUACCGUCUGGUGAAAUCGUGUCAGGUGGAGAGGAUCGCUCGGUCAGAGUCUGGAAAGGGUCGGAAUGCAUUCAGACGAUCCUUCACCCAACGCCCUCGGUCUGGAGUGUGGCUGCGCUCCCGAAUGGAGACAUUGUCAGUGGAGCCAGUGAUCACUUGGCUCGAGUCUUUACGAGAGCGAAGGAGCGACAAGCCGCAGCCGAGAUUUUGAAGUCCUACGAGGACACCCUAGCAAGCCAGGCCAUCCCAUCGAAUCAGGUUGGGGAUGUGGAUAAGAGCAAACUGCCGGGGCUUGAUGCCUUGAACAAGCAAGGGACGAAAGACGGUCAAGUGAUCAUGAUCAACUUCGGAGGCUCAAUCGAAGCGCACCAAUGGAGCGACGCAGACGCGAAAUGGAGCAAAGUGGGAGAAGUUGUUGAUGCCAAGGAGGGGAAGAAAACGUUUGAGGGAAAAGAUUACGAUUAUGUCUUUGACGUCGAUUUGGGGGAUGGUGCGCCGGCUUUGAAGUUGCCGUACAAUGUUUCCGACAAUCCAUACCAGGCGGCGCAACAAUUCAUAUGGCGGUACGAGCUUCCACAGGAUUAUCUGGACCAAGUAGCGAACUUUAUACAGACAAAUGCUCGUGCGCCGGUGUUGGGAGCGGCCGCGCCUGCGUCGGCGUACCAGGAUCCAUUCACAGGCGGUUCGCGAUAUGUUCCCGGAGGAGCUGUUGCAUCGCAAGCACCCACCUCUACUGCGCCACCGCCGAAACCAACUUCUGCAUCAACAAGGUUCAUUCCUCACGAGGAAUUCAUCUUCUUCAAAGCAGCCAAAACAAGCGCCAUCGCGAGCAAAAUCAUACAACUCAACGCUGAGCUCGCGAAAUCGAUGGAUUUCGGUCCAGCGGCUCUCCAAACGUCGGAGGAGAAGAUCGUCGAGACACUCCUCGAGGGAUUGAACAAACCGGCUACAUUCAAGAGCAACCCUACGGAAGCAAAUUUCGACAUCAUCCUCCGGGUGGCCACCCAGUGGCCAGCAGCAUCGCGCUUUCCAGGCAUUGACGCCCUCCGUUUGAUUGUCCUCCACUCCGCCCUUCCAUUCAAGAAACACGACCUGGUAGCCUACCUCAACGCACUGGCAGGCUUUGCGGACGUCAAGCCAAAUACGGGAUUAGGCGGCAAAACGGGGGAGACCAACGCAAUGUUGACGCUCAGGUUUUUGGCUAAUGUGUUUGCAACGGAGGAGGGGCGGAAUUUCGCAUGGAAGCAGAAGGGAGAGAUCAUUGAGUUGAUCAAGUAUGUUCCGUCGGUGACGGAGAACACGAACGUCCAUGUGGCGCUGGCCACCGUAUACUUGAAUUACGCCGUAUUGCUCAAGAAGACGAGCGCGAAUGACGAGUUUGGCGUAGAGCUCUUACAUCACAUCAUCGAGUUCCUCAAAACAGAAACAGACGGAGAAAGCGAGUUCCGAGCUCUCGUCGCCAUCGGCACCCUAGUCCAUCAAAACAGCGACAUCAAAGAAGCCGCGAACGUCAUGGGAGCGCGCGAGAUCCUCCGUCGCGCUACGCGAACGACGGGCGCGAACGAGUCGCAGCUUCGUCAGGUUGAAAGGGAGUUAGAGGCGCUUUUGAAGUAGGCUGUCUUUUUGCAUCAUCUGUACACUAGGGGUAUUUACGAUGGCGUGUCACAUAGUCGUUGAGGGAUGGGAGUAGGGGUUAUAUAUGUACAUAUGUAAAUGCAUAUUGAAUGGUUCAUACACCAUGUCCUUAGUCAAACCCACAUUUUGAAGAACCAAAAACACCGCGUUUUCUUGGGCCUCAACGCGGGAUGAUUGUUUCCUGGGGUGAUGAGAUGAUCCCGUGUCAGAGCUCUACUCGCCACGUCGGCACACUCCUGCGAAU